CAGACGCGCACUGAACCGGUAGUUCUGGCAAUGAGCGCAGGCUUUAUUCACAUCAGGUAGCAGAGUUAAACAAAAAGAAAAAAGAAAACCCCGCUGAGAGCAGUUCAAGGGAAAAAUGAACGAGAAAUCAAGGUUCGCGAUGUUUCUCUCAUGUAAUGAAUCAGGUCUGGAGAGGACAGAGAAAAAAAGCGUGUGGAAAUAAUUGCCCCGCCUUUAGAAAGACAGCGCCGACCCCUCUCAUUAGCAAUGCGAGCCUUGUUCUAUUGGACAGGGGCUCAUUCGCUUUGAAGAUCUUCCCCCUGAUCUCGGAUAUUUGAAGUGUUGAUGGUCGAAAGGAAUGUGCGUUAAGAGGAAGAUCGACGGGGCUGAAGGCGCUGUCUGUUUGUAUCUGCCACGAGCGGCCGCGCGCUGGGAUAUCUUAUUAUUAUUCUCCUUUUACAUCACUCGUUCCCUCGUCGCCCCUCCCGCCCCUCCGAGCGCAGUCUGUUCGGGGAUUUUACUGUCGACUCUCCUAUCGGGUAGCCGCGGCGGUGGUGACGGGUGUCCUCUCAGACUGAGGGCGGAACGGGACUUGGAGCGAUGAGUGAACUACGGAGAAUUCAUUUUUUUCUUUAGCCGGGCGAAGCGACAAGGCGGCUGUAUGCUUUUCUGUUUUGGGGCUGCCCAAGAGGAUUAUUAAGAGGGACUUUUGCUUGGAUUAUUUAAUUUUUUUAAAAAGAGACUUUAAAAGGGGAACGUAAGUAUCUGUUGGUUGAUGUUUGCAAUGGCAUAAAUGCUUUCCGAAUUACCACCAGCCGGUGCCCCAGCACGAACCCCACGUAGCCUUCCUCCAAAUGAACGAUCCUCCCGGUGGAUCUAAAGCGCACCGAAACCGCGACCGUCAGACACCAGAGCGCACCGACGACUACUGCGGCGACAACUCUUGUGACCUCAGGCAUUUCGGGAUUAAAAACUCUCCGGUUUUUGUGCUGUCACCCUCGGAUCCUGUACGCCAGGCGAAGCGGCUGCCCCUCCGGAUUCUCAGAAUGUUGACCGCCCAUUCCAGCCACAUGCUUCACCCGGAGUAUCUACAGCCGCUGACCUCAGCGCCAGUCAGCAUCGAGCUGGAUGCCAAAAAGAGCCCCCUGGCCUUACUGGCUCAGACCUGUUCCCAGAUCGGCAAGCCCGACCCCCCUCCCACCGCCAAGCUGGGGCCGGGCGGCCUGGCGGACAAGGAGGCCUCGACGCGCCCCUCCGGACCCGCCCUCAAACUCGGAGAGCCCCGCCCGUCCCUGGAGGACAAGUCCAGCUUCAAGCCUUAUUCCAAAGUGGGCGGGGACUGUCGGAAGGAAGGGGGCGGGGCCAGCGGCGGCACGGACAAACCCGGUUUCCGGUUGGCCGGGGGCGGGGCCCCGUGUCAGUCCUUCCCCCCGCACGCCGUCUCUCCGAACUCCAAAGCGGGGUCGCCGCCCCUGCACCCCCAGUCCCCCCCCCACACCCAGCACCCGCUGGCCCCGCCCCUUCACACGGACCCCAAACCCGGCGCCCCCGACCCCGCCGGCUCGGACAGCUGCGGCGGGGGCUCGAAAAAAGAGGCGGAGUCCUGCAAGCCGAGCCCUGACGGCGCCCAGGCCGCUAACUCCGCCCACGCCCGCGCCAGCGCCAACGCCAGCAGCGGCAGCUCGGCCGCCAGCCCCCGCCCCGAGGGCAAGGCCGACGCCCUGCCCCCCCAGCCCGGCCACGUGGCCCCCGUGUCCCCCUUCAAACAGAGCCACGCCCUCUUCCCCCUGCCCCCCUCGGGCAUGGGCUACCACGGCUCCAUCGUGGGGGCGUACGCCGGCUACCCCUCCCCGUUCGUCUCGGGCCUGGACCACGCCAAGGCCAGCCUGGUCGGGGGGGGCGUGGGGGUCCCCGGGAAGCACCCCAGCUCCAGCCCGCUGACGGGGGCGUCCCCCCCCUCCUUCAUGCAGGGACUGUGCCGGGACCCCUACUGCCUCGCCUACCCCAGCGCCCCCCACCUGGGGGGCAGCGGCUGCUCCUCCUGCGUCCACGACCCCUCCUCCCCCCUCAAAUCGGGGUUCCCCCUGGUGUACCCCGCCCACCCGCUGCACUCGCUCCACCCGGGCUCCCUGUCGUCCGGGGUGCCCCCCCAGCUGUCCCACCCCCUCUACGGCUUCAUGCUGCCCAACGAGCCCCUCCCCCACGCCUGCAACUGGGUCUCCGCUGGGGGGCCGUGCGACAAGCGCUUUGGCUCCUCCGAGGAGCUGCUGGCUCACCUCCGCACGCACACCGCGCUCCCCGGCACGGACGGGGGCAAGCUCCUCUCCGCCUACCCCUCCCCCGCCACCUCCUGCCACCUGCACCUCCCCUCCCAGGGGAGCCCUGCCCCCCUGGCCUCCUCCUUCUCCCUGCGGGCUCCGCCCAGCCUCAGCCUGGCCCGCUACCACCCCUAUGGCAAGAUGCACCUCCCCGCUGCCCCCUCCCUGCCCAUCCCCUCCCUCCCCACCUCCAGCCACUUCUACUCCCCGUACGCCCUCUACGGCCAGAGGCUAGGCUCCGCCUCCGCGCUGGGGUACCCCUGAUGAAUCGGGAGGGGCGAGGGGGGGACACGCCGGAGGGAGGGGGGGGCACGCCGGAGAGCUGCGUUUGGAUACCGUGGCGUUGCCGGGGGAACGGUGGAGGGCGACUCUGGGAUAUCACACACACGCUGCGCCAUGGAUUGCUUGCGCGGGGAGUCCAUUAAAGCCCCCCCCCUUUCUGCACUCGAGGGGCCCCAGUGAUUGGAUCGAGGACAGCGGGGCGAUUGUAGCUGGGUGUAGCUAGCGACCUCCAAAGGGAUUGCGGUGACUCUCACUGUUCGUGGGGGGGGUGGGGAUGGGGGCAGAUAGUCCUGGAUGCAUGCAGGCUGGGUUCGGAGAACGCGGGACUGGAGUUCGUAGUCCUUCCACAUUUUUCUCCCGGACUUGAAAACAUUGUAUUUAUUUUUUACUGAGCGCUUGGCUUUCAAGCUGAGGAGAAAGUUUAUUAUCCAAAUGCAUUGUUCUUAAUUAUUAUUAUUAUUAUUAUUCUUACUAUUAUAAAUAUUAUAUUGCUGAUUAUACUCUUUUUGUUUUUCAAAAUAAAGGUUUUGUGGUAUGCAGACAUUACA